AUGGCUGCUGAGACAGCUCCAGUGCUUAUUAAUCAUAUGACUAUUCAACCCAACCCUGCCAUCUCCCUUGCCUCCAUUAACUCACCGUCCAUCAUCAACCCUAAUGAUUCUGUUGUAGCUGUUGAGGCUGAUGAAAUCCCCACCGUUGAUUAUUUCAUGUUAUUCUCUGAUGAUUUUGAUGAACGAUCCAAAGCCCUCGAAAACUUAGGCCAUGUCUGCAAGGACUUCGGCUUUUUCUAUCUUGUAAAUCAUGGAAUCUCCAACGGCGUGUUUGAGGGUGUUUUCAAAGGAAUUUCUGAUUUCUUUAACCCGGAGGAGAUAGAGGACCGAAAGCAGUACGAGAAAAAGAGUCCGACGGAUAGAAUUCGAUGGGCCUUGCGAUCUUCUCCUGGAGAGAAUAGGGAAUAUCUGAAGGUCAUUACACAUCCCCAGUUUCACUGCCCUUCUAAACCAGCUGGUUUUAGUGACGCCUUGGAAGAGUAUUUCAAAGCAUCGCGAGAGAUAGUAAAAGGUCUGGGAAAGGCAGUGUCAAAAGGCUUGGGAUUUGAAGAAUGCUACGUAGAAAAAGCUUUUAAGCUUGAAUCUGGUUUUGAUAUGUCUGCCAUGAACCUAUACCCACCCAAUUUCAUAUCAAAAGGAUCAAUUGGUGUGCCUGAUCAUACUGACCCAGGCUUCUUUGUGUCACUCAUACAAGAUGUGAAUGGUGGUCUGCAAAUACUAUCCAAUAGUGGUCAAUGCAUCAAUGUUAAUAUCCCUCAUAAUGCCAUUUUUAUAAACCUUGGUGACCAUCUUGAGAUCUUAACCAAUGGGAAGUACAAGAGCCAUGUUCAUCGAGUGGUUGUGGACAACAACAAAGUACAGAGGAUCUCAGUGGCAACACUACAUGGACCUUCGUUGGAUGCACUAGUGGGACCAGCACCAGAGUUUGUAGAUGAAUGUCACCCACCAGCAUAUCGUGCAAUGACCUACAAACAAUCCAUAGAAGCUAACGGCGGUGAUGAGAUUGAUGUCCAGUCAAGCAUCGACCAAAUUCGCCUUUAUUGA